AUGUGUGCGGCCACUGACUGCCUUCCAACCCCAUCCUCUCUCGCAGACGUAGACUGCCACCCGCUAUGGGCUAAAGGUAUGACGGCAAUGUUCUCGUAUGCCUGCGGAGAAGGCGGCGAAGGUUACAAGAAGACAGAAUGCGGUGAGGAGACGUCAGAUUGGGUAAUCAAAUAUGUGACAAAGUUCGCUACAGCAAUCGACCCACGAUGUAAAUUGGCUAGCCAACUGCCAAGUAAGGCUUAUACCUUGAGUUUUGCAAAGAAAUAAGU